AUGGAAGGUCCAGCUAUUCCAGAAUGGUCUGUAAAACCUAUUGAUGAAAAUACUUUGAAUAUUUCCUGGGGCCUCGGUUUUAACAGUUCCUUGAUCAAUGAAGGCUUGUUACACGUAAUAGAGUACAGGAGACAUGGUGAAGAUGACUUGAUUGAUACUAUUGGUCAAACGGAUCUGACAUGGCAGGCCGUAUCAAACCUUACAGCUGGAAUAUUGUAUGAAUUCAGAGUGGUCGCUAUGGAUGGAGACCUGCAAGCUGCAAGUGAAUGGAAAGAAGUUAUGCUCUCUCCUGCUGCAAUAGCCAGAAAGGCAACUCUUGCCACUUGGUUCAUUGUCAUGAUGGUCGUAAUUGCUGUUCUCAUUUUUAUCAUGAUUAUCGUAUGCAUUGUGAAAAGGAACCGAGAGGCGAGAUAUCAUGUCCAAGAGGAAGGCUUACCAAAUGGUAACGAAGACAACGAUGAAAAUGACAAGACUGUGAGCAAUGGAGAUAAGGGAAGUGAAGUGAGUGGCUCAGACAGUUUGGAGGAUUAUGGGAAAGUUGACUCCCUUAAGUUCAAUGAAGAGGGCUCCAUCAUUGGCCAGAGUGGAAGCCAGGAGCUAAAAGAGGCAUCAUAA